AUGAGUGAUAUUAGAGAGGACCCACCAUAUCCAAAGUCUACAGAAGUCGAUGGUUUCCCGCAACCAUAUCCCCCUCAAUAUCCUGAUACGGUAAUUUCGGAACAGCCUUGUCCAGUAAUCACCGAUUCACAUUUUGCUCCUGGACCAGAUCCAGUAAAUACCAUGUGUUCAUACUGUCAUAAAGAUAUAACAACUGUUGUGACCUACAAAAUAGGUAUAUUAACAUGGGUGGGAUGUUUCGGGAUUUUUCUAGUUGGUGGAAUAUUCGGUUGCUGUCUUAUACCAUUCUGUUGUGAUUCCUGUAAAGACGCUGAUCAUCGUUGUCCAGUAUGCAACCGUAACUUAGGUUUAUACCGUCGCUGUUAG